CCAACAGCACAAACACGGUCCAGAGGUCCAGUUCAGGUGACGCUAGCAGAAAGCUAGCAGCUACAGCCGCCUGUAUUAACUUCCACCUGCCGGUCAAAGAGGCCACGCCCCUAGUAAUGCAAACUUUAGAGGGUAAUGGCAUCGCGCCUGUCAUGGCUGACUCGUCACCCAUAGCGCCCUCUGUGUCGCCCAAGCUGCAUGCAAAGCCAGCUGGCCAUGCUAAUGGCCGGCCCCGCUUGGGCAGCCGGUCUGGCUCGCUAGCGAUGGGCUCCCCCAGGCCCUCGCUCACCCGCCAGCCCAGCGCCAUCACAGAGGCCGCUGUGGAUGGGUCCAAGCCGAGGGACUACCUGAUCCUCGCCAUCUUAUCCUGCUUCUGCCCAAUGUGGCCCAUCAACAUCGUGGCCCUCACCUUCUCUGUGAUGUCCCGAAACAGUCUGCAGCAAGGCAACGUUGACGGUGCUCGCCGUUUGGGCCGUAACGCCAUGGUGCUGUCUGUUGUCUCCAUUUUAGGAGGGAUUGCCAUCAUCACAGCGGCCAUCGUCCUGAACUGGGGAUUGAUAUUAAAAUCUUGAUUCAAACCCACCGGCACGGCGAGACUGACUUCAUGACAACAUCGAACCCGACACGACACCAUUUCCUCCCGUUCCUGAAGCACUAUCGUUGUCGAGCGCCUGCACCAGAUGUAAAACGAAUAAAAACCAGUUUCUGUUCUUUGCUGUUGUUUCUUGCUGCACGACAAGCAUGGUCUGCCUGACGCUCUACCUCUGACACGACCGACAAACCUAAUCCUGACGCCUGACACCUGAUCUGGAGAAAAGGAUGGAUCACCAGAUGCUCAUUUCAUUCUGUGGCAGCAGCUUAUCUCCUCCUCAGACGCCACAAUUACAAGAGGAAAUGGACAUCCUGGGAAAUGGGAUUAUUCAGAUUCCUAAUGGUCCCUAAUGGUGCGAACUGGGGGACCUGGUUUGUUGGGUUUGAUGCCAAAAAUUUAGAAACGCAGUCUCAGCUGAACUGAAACGGGGAGAAGCUGCUGCAGUGAUAGUUUAACUCAAACUGAGGAGGAACUCUAAAAGUCUUUGAACUGUGACGGCAGGAGAGAGAGGGAUCUUUGUGUCAGCACAGAGAUGGACUUCCUCUGUUUCACUGUCUUUGUGAAAAAAACCGGAGGCAUGAUUCUGAUGUUUACUCUGCAUAUUCAUGAUAAAUGUCCCCGGAGCUGCUAAACAUUCAUCAUGUUCCAUCCAAGGUUUUCAGAGACCGUGAACUGACCACAGGCGCUCAGACUGCUGGCUGUUAGCCGUGCUCGUCUCACUGUAAGCGAUUCUGAGUUAGUAAUUAAUGAAUUAUUCUCCCUGACCACAGCCUUUGGCUCUAAGUGGAUGUAAAGUGAUGGAACGUUUCACAUUAUUCCUGAUGUUCUCCAGGACUUCUAUUAAUUUGGGUGGUUGAGGUUACUUUUGGACUCCCUCUGAGUGCUCACAGCAUGUGAGAUGGAUCAAUUCUUCUUUUCUCUCUGGCCUUUCAGUGUCAGUCUUUUACUUUAGUCUAGCAUUCACAGCUGCUGCCCGCUUCCCUUUCUGUUAAGUGUUUUACUGCAGAUACAAGAAGAACUUCCUCAACAACUUCCUGUAUGAAGUUCUUUCUCAGUCUUCACUCAAUAGCCUAAAAUCAUAAUUCGGAAAUAUCUUUGUUUGCCAGUGUAACCCUCAUGUUGGUAACAACCUUGGAAGGAGUUUGUUCAUAGUUUUAGGAAGUGUUGGAUCAGGUACUCACUCUUUGCUGUGACAGUGGAUGAACAUAGUUCUUACAGCUACACAAGAACUGUGACAGCCGUGAUCUUUGAAUGGUGCAAGGUUAUAAGCUAGGCUUGUUUAGCGUAUGUCUGAAUUGCAGUGCUAACCUUAAACUUAGGUAGUUCGACCUGGUGGCUGUUAACCCUCUGAGUUCUAUCUUUAAAUCUAACGCUAUCAGAAUAUGUAAUAUUCCUUUAAAUUAUUCUCUUUUAAACUAUUCUCCUGGCAGGGGAUGAUAACAUUUCAAAACUAUUUACAUUUCUUCUCAAAAAGUCCUUUUGGCUUUUCUGAAAAACACGGAGUUAGGGUUAGUGAUGUGCAAUACCACUGAUUUCCUUUCCGAUCCGAUACCAAGUAAUAUUCAGGGUGGUAUCGACGAUACUGAGCCGAUACUUUGUACAAAAACGUAUUUUAUUUAUU